AUGAACAAUCAAUACAUCCGCCGGGAAGUCUUCUGCUGUGAGACCUGUGAUGAACUCAAAAGCUUCUGGGAAAAAGAAAUCAGUAAGCAGACUUGUUACCGAGAGCUCGAGGAAGAUCGCCAGGGGAGAAGCGCCCUGAGAAAGCUCCGAGAAGAAUGGAAGCAGAGGCUGGAGAAGAGGCUGAGGAUGCUCGAUAAUCCUGAUGAGAAGGAGAAGCAGCCUAACCCCACACACUGA